UAAUAUUUGGUGUCAGAAGUGGGGUCAAAAAUUCGUCGCGAUAAGUUUUCAGUGAAGAAAAAAAAAGUGAAAAACGGACAAUAUUGUUAAAAUAGUGUGUUUUAAUUAGAACAACAAAUUAAGCAACAGUACGUCGGAUCAUCGGUGCCACAAGAAAUAACCCUAGGACUCAUCACGCAAAUUAUCACCGCACUCAAAAAGCGAUGACCAUGUUUGGUCUCAUAAUAUUACUACCAAUAGUUUUAGGACUGGAAUAUGAGCUGACGGCUUUGGAUAAUUCUGGAUUCGCCAUGGAAAGAAUACCAAAGGUUCUUUACACCAAGCAAGCUGUUGAAAUCACGACAUACGUAAAUCUAACGGAGAUCAAGAUAGAUUUGUCCAUCCUGGAUAAAAUGAUCAACGUCUCAGGAGAAGCAUGUCUGAAGCUCAAAGUUUUGAAGCUACAAACGCAUUGCGAAUUUGAAAUGGCAAGUAUACGGCAUCGUCAAGAGGAAAUGAUGGGUUUCGAGUUUUUGUUCAAGGAAAAAGAAAGAAACAAGAGAAGUGUACCUCUGUUAGGUAAACUUGGGAAAGUAGCGAAGACUUUAAUUGGUACUUUGGAUGAAGAUGAUGGACAAUAUUACGAAGAAAAUUUCAAACGUGUAAAGAAAAAUGAAGAUAUGUUGGUCAGUACAGUACGAAAACAAACUAUGGUAUUAAAUUCAUUGUUUGAGAUUAUUAAUAAAACAACUAUUCCUAGUAUAGAAAUGUUCGAUAAAUUUCAAGAAAAGUUUAAGGAUUUUUCAACAUAUGUUACGAAUUAUCAUCAUAAUACAGACAACCAAAUUUUAAGAAUGUAUAGCGAAUUAGGUUUUCGAGAAUGUUUCUCAUUGACAAAUUUACUGUGUACAACAAUUCAAGGGAAAAUUAAUCAAAUUACCAAUUUACUUGUUAGCGAACGAAAAAAUCUUCAUCCAUUUUUGAUUCCGUCAGAUGUUUUGAUUGAAAAGUUAAUGAAAAUAUCUGCUGUAUUACCAAAAGGUUCCAGAUUCCCACUUCGUUUAGAUUCCUCUAAUAUUUUUGAAUAUUAUCGCAUGUCAACGGAAUCUAGAUAUAGAUACAAAGAAUUUCUUAUUUUUGUCGCCCACAUCCCAACGGUACAUGAUACAAUUUUCCAUACAUUUAAAUUGACUGCUAUUCCUGUUCGACUAAUCGAUAAUAAAUUCACAGUUUUCAAAUUUGAACAAGAAAUUUUAGUAACUGAUAACGAAAUGAAGAAAUACACAAGUCUUCCUAGUAGGACAUUGGAUUUUUGUAAACAUUUGAAAGAUAUUAUAUUGUGUCCGCAUUUAUUUAGUAUGAAUAGUAAGCCAUCCUGUGAAUUAUCACUCUUGAAACAAUCGAGAGAAUCUGAAAAACUAUGUAAAAAAACAGAGUUGCAGCUUGAGGGAUCACUUUUCAUUAAAUUAUAUAUGUUAAAUACUUGGGUGAUUGUAGCUCCGUCUUUGGAGAUAGCACAUUUAAUUUGUAAAGACAAAAAUCAACCAAUGAAACUGGCAAACACUGCCAUGAUAACAAUCAAUGCGGAUUGCAAAUUAAUUACAGAUCAUGUAUAUUUAACCCCAGGGAUGCUAAAUUUCACCGAGAUUGAUUUUAAUUUUACGAGAGUGUUGAAUUCUUCAGAUUUUAAAAUACCUGUUGUCAAAAGUACUGUAAUUCAUUCAUACGAAAACAAUAAAUUGGCUAAUAUAGGUAAACAUAUCCAGCAAUUAGAGGAUGAAAAAAUUAUUCUAGACAAAAUUGAAAGUAGAAACACUGAAUAUCAAAUUAUCAAAAUAGGUUUUGGAAUUAUUUUGCUCGGAAUGAUUUCUUAUAUAUUCGUAAAAAUAUAUUUCAUGUGUUGUAAAGUAACAAAAAUAAAACAAGAAAACUUAGAUGAAGCAGAUAAUAAGAAAAAUAUGGAGCUUGUUCCUUUCAGAAAUUCUCCAAUAAUACUGUAA